AUGAUACCUGUCAGCGCCACGGCAGAAAGCCAAGCCACCAGUGUCAAAGCCACAGCUACCAUCAGCUCUUCAGCAUCCAGCUCGUCAACAUCGCAGCCUAGUCAAGCCCCGACAAGCUAUAUCAUUUUUCCAAAGGAGGCAGUUGCCAAUGAUGCAACACAAAGGGCUGCCUUGGAAGCUUUCCUCAAGCCGUUCGCCCAACCAGGCACUUUCGAGAUUCUUGCGGAACUAUAUGGCUUUAAAGUUGUUAUAUACGUCCUGGUCACGACUGAAGAGAAUGCAUCCAAAAUCGCUAGCGACAAAAGGAUAGACCUCGUUGAACUAAAUACCGAUGCUUCGAAAGAUUUUCCAAAGUCGUCAAACCCACCAUCAAGUCCACCCCCAAGUGUCGUUCAAGAGGACUUCGGGGAUGUCAUCGUAGACAAGGCCGCCCAGAGUUUCCUGAGAAUGAUGUCAAUGCCUCCAGGGCUUAGCGACUUGGGCGCCAAGCUUGACGAAAUGCCGGGAUACGCGUACCCUAAAGAGGCUGGCGAAGGGGUGACGGUUUACCUGAUCGACAGCGGUGCUAACCCAGACCACGAUGAGUUCAAAAAUGCAAAGGGAACCAAACGUUGGAUUUUUCCUACUAAUGAAAAGAGAGAGACUGACGAGCAAGGUCAUGGGUCAUGUGUUCAAUCGCUAAUUAAUGGGCCUGCCUUUGGAACCGCCAAGAAGGCCGAUCUUGUCGUUGUCAAGGUUGGCGAAAUUCCAAGGUUGAGUGUCGUUUUAUCGUCUCUUCUCCUUAUCCACAACGACGUCGUAGAGAAGAAGUUGCAAGGCAAAGCGGUCAUAAAUCUUUCAUAUGGCAUUCAGUUACUCGUCCUAAAAAGCAACACCGCCGGUGUGCAACCGGGUUUUAAAGAUCCAGACACAAUCGAUGCUUUUGAAACAGUCUUAAAACUGCUCAUUGCCGAAGACGUUGUUCUUGUGACAACCUCUGGCAACCAGAGGGAUCAACCCAAUGGAGGCGAAUUUGUUACUGGGUUCCCAGGUUAUUUCGGGCGGGAUAUCGACAUAAUUACUGUUGGCGCAGUCGACGAGGCCGGCAAGCAAACAGAGUAUUCUCAGGGCGUGCCCCGAGAACUUGACACCUCCGCUAUCGGCCGCACUCUUUGCGCAUACAACGUUGGCAACAAGGACGCCAUAAAUGAAGGCACAUCGAUGGCGGCGCCGUUGGUUAGCGGGAUGGUUGCGGUGUUCCUCAGCCAGGCCGAGUACCGGGAGCGGCUACAAGUGCCUGGAAAGGUUGCUGCCAACGUUAAACAGUUGGUCCGCGAGCUUUCGUACAACCGCGGAGGCGGUGGGGACAGAGCGGUCGCUUGGAACGGCCUCGACGUUUUCUCAUGUGGAACGGCCUCCAGGUCGCUCCGUGCUCGUGGCGAGUCCUGCGCCAUCAACGCGACCACCUCGACAUUUACAACUCUCACCUCCACGGCACCACCGGCCAAGAUUACCACAACUGCUUUGGUUUCAACUUCGACUCACGCCAAGCCAAGCGUCGAACCUGUGCCUUGUUACAAUUUCAACGACAAGGCAUACGGAUACUGCUGUCCCGACGCAGACAAUCCAUGUGAACAUGAUCUUGGUAAAUGUUACUUACCAUUCACCGGAGAGGGCGUCGGUGGCGGCGACAACGGUAUAGUGCCAACAGGAGCAAGAUGCCCACCUCCAGAGGGUGCCCAAAUAUGCACUGGCGCUUGUAAUCAGUGA